AUGGCAGCAACAACUAGUCCAGCACUACCAGCAUUCUCUUAUGCACAAGCAGCGAAGGGUUUGGCUCCGGCUGUCUCUACUGCACAAUCUCAAGCAGAACCUUCUGUGAACAACCCAGAUAUGUCAUCAACAGAGAGGACGUCAUCCAUUCCUGAGCCGGAGAAACUAGAUUCACUCAAUGUUACAGCUGAUAUUGUGAAGGACAACGAGAUUUCGAAUGGGCCUAUCUCAAAGAUGAUUCAUGAUGAUGGGAAAAUCGGUUCUACAACCAAAUCCACCUUGGACAACAGCUCUACUUCUAAUACCAAGCAAACAUCUUCGUCACUUUCUGGCUCCAAACAGGUCUCAGAAAGCACCUCUCCGAGCCUAGUUGCUUCUGUCGCAACGUUACCGCGGGAAGAUGAAAUCUCCUCAACCCAAAACGGUUCUUCUGAAUCCUGGGACAAACAGUCACAAAACUCAGCUUUGGUAGAAAGACCAGCGCAGAUGGCAGACAAUGGGAAAGCACACAAUGCAGACGAUGAUUGGGUCAAUGUUUCAGCGCCGAAAGCCGAGAAAGAAUUAAAAGCAGCACCAAUUCCUGUUGUAAAUAUUUGGCAGCAGCGAAAAGAAGCCCAGGCCGCAAAGGCAAAAGCGGAUGCUGCGUUACGCUCCUCUACCGUAUCUGCUGCUCCAAACAAACCAAAACCACAAAGCCAGCCCACUCGGCAUGUGGAAGCCCAGGGAGAUGAUGAUGAGACCAAGAGAAAGUCCUCAGCAAAGCUUACCGAAAAAGGUGAUGGCAAUUCCAAAAAGAAGCAGUUGGAUGAUCCAAAAGCUCGAGAUGACGGUAAGAGACUAGCUCGUCCAGGAAGAGCAAGCGAGCCAGACAAGGAAAAUACGGAGUUCUCGACCGCACCCCCUUCAGUCGGCGACGCGUCAUCUUGGCCAACACCCGACACGGUACUCCAUGACGAAAGAAAGAAAUCUCAAGCACAGGACAAGGGAGACCCCAAAAGCCCAGGCAUGAAGCCAAACCAAAAGUGGGUACCUGUUCCAUACGUGCCUACUGCAAAAUUCAAUACGCCAUUGCCAUCGACUAUGUCAAGAAGAGGUGGUAGACCAAUCAGAGGCUCACGUGAGGGUGGUAACCGCGGUGGUCAUGUUCCUCAAGGCCAAGGCAACAUUGGUGAAAAGACCGAGAAGACCAAACCAAUGGGCCCUCCUCCUGUUCCAAAGCAGGCUUCUGACCAACAACGUGGCAGAGCUCACGAGACAUUGGCUGGUAGCCGUGCUACAUCUGCUCCGACGCAAGGUCGCCGAGCUGCAAGUGUAGGUGCAGCAUUUCCCGACCACCGACGAUCGACGCAGAUCGAUGUCUCCGAUGGAACUACCUUUCAAGGCAGAAAGCAAGCAGCUGGUGGAUCGCAGGAUUCAAGCGCUGCUCCUGCCCCCAUUGAGAAUGAAGAAGGUGCAACAUCAACCAAAUCAAGACCAGAUUCAAGAUCUAUCUCUCACCAAUCUUCAUUGUCAUACCGAGCAGGAACAUACGAUAGUGCAAGACAGGCCUCUGGUGAAAGUCAUGCACACCCUCGAAGCUAUGCUGGGACAGAGCGACGGAACACAUAUGUCGAGGUCGACAGGCAGGCUGAGGCCUCUGGCCGUCGCGAACGUCGUGAGUCCAACAAAGAUUACCCUAGGACACGAGACUUUGAUUUCAAAACGGAGAGUUGGCGAGAUCGCGAAUUUACCGGUGAAAGAACUGAGCAGCGGAGUGGACGAGGUCGUGGUGGCUAUCGUGGACGUGGCAAUCACUCUACCUAUACCCCCAGCCAGUCCAAUCAGACCCACGCUUUCACUGCCCCCUUACCACAGCAGCCAUUCUCUGGUGGUAAACCACAUACUCUGGGCGAGCGACAUCGUCAAUCGUCAGCGCCGUAUGCUGGAAUUCCUCCUCAGCCAAAUCAUCGCAGUGCUUCGAGAUCACAGUCUAUUGCUACUCAUGGCGUGUAUCCAGGGGUGCCCAACAAUUUCAGUACAGCAUUAACACCGAUUCAAACAGAUAUGCCUGGCAUGAUUGGCGGUUAUCCGACUCUGUAUCCUGGUAUUAUGAGCGCCGUGCCAUAUAACACUGCAUUGGAGCCGAUGGCUUUAAUCUCAAUGGUAUCAGCUCAACUUGAAUACUACUUCUCCAUCGAAAAUCUCUGCAAAGACAUGUAUCUGAGGUCGCACAUGGAUUCGCAAGGCUGGGUUCCUCUAAGUGUUAUCGCUGGAUUCAACAGAAUCAAGUCGUUGACUGAGGACAUGGGCUUGAUCCGACAUGUUUGCCAGGUGUCCAGAAACAUCGAAUUCAGACCAGGUGACGAUGGGAACGACCGCCUACGGAAGCCAGAAAAAUGGGAACACUGGGUCUUGGAGAUGGACCAACGACAAGCACAUGCUCGGAAUGAAGGACCACCGCCAUUGCAAGAACCUCAAUCGCCCCCCCAAUUCAAUUCAACCUUUCCUUCCAUGUCUCAAAUGACCAGUCCGACCUGGGCUCCUGGACCGUUCUACGACGGGUACGCUGAAGCACCUAGCUACAACGCAGCUGCCUCUCCGUCUGGGAAUCCAGAUGCAUCCACGCCAAGUCCGAGCAAUAUUCCUGACCUUCCUGUUAGCGAAGACUUUUCCCUGAUGAAUGGUCAGGCUGAGCUUACCCAUGGUCAUUCUGAUGAUGUCCCAGAUACCUCAAAUUCGGCACCACUUGCACAGACCUUCUACCCCGCUGGGCCUGGUCGGGUCAAUGCGGACAUUCCUACUACGAAUGGACAUGCUCCUGCCAGUCCACAAGAGAUUGGCAUUGAAAAUGUGUUCAGCAAUGAGCGCAUGAAUGAGCUACAUGUCUGUGUACGACACCCGACACCUCAGUAUCCGCCUCCGUUCAUCUCGCCUGGUGCCCGAACAUUUUCUCAUGGCUCUAUUGACUAUCAAACACCUGUCGGCACGCAGCUGGCAAAUCCACUGCCAUCCCUGCGUGGAGGAGCUGGUAGUCCCAAAGGCCUUGAUUCUUCACCACACCAUUCUGCAUCUGUCGAAAAUUCAGCUGACAACACUGAUGGAGGCGUUUUCUGGAUGAAGGACGGCACACCACCAGACAGUUGGAACCAAGAAGGCUCAACGUCUGAAAAGUAUCAAUCGCUUCACGACCGGGCCUUGGCCGAGCGCUCUCCUGGCAUAAUUACGGACGACAUGGAUUGGCUGUAUCAGUUCUGGUCUCAUUUUCUUGUCCGCAACUUCAACUCCGACAUGUACAAUGAUUUCCGCACGGUUGCCUGGGAAGAUGCUGCUGCCGGCCAGGACGGAGGCCUCAAUCAUCUCAGUCAAUAUUAUGGAGCUAUUCUGAACGGCCAAAGAGUCCUCACUAAAGAGCUUGCCCGUGACAUUGUGAAACUUGCAGAGGCGGACCUUCAACACAAACGACAAAUGUUUUACAAGCUUCGAUCUGCCAUUAGAGAUGGGGCUUUCAACAUGAAGAGCAGGAUCAUGAUUGAGAAAUUUCUCACUCCUCAAUUCAAGGAUGAGCUUGAAAGAUGA